ACGUCAUCGUGAUCAUAUGUGUACAUUAAACAUCCGCGUUGAUCCGCGUAAGCGACGCGAGUGGACUCGAGGGUAACAAUUGGAAAACAAUGGAGGUGACGAGCUCAAACUUUCAGGACGUGCUGAACGAAUUGGACAGUGUCUUAAAAGAUGCUACGUUUCUUAGUAUUGACGGCGAGUUCACCGGUCUUAUUACAGGUCCAGAUGGAAGCCAAUUUGACACGCCGGCUCAAUAUUAUUCCAAGAUCCGAACGGGAUCGAUGAACUUUCUGCUGAUGCAGUUUGGUCUGUCCGUCUUCACACAUAACCCAGAUACACAUAAAUAUUCACAGCGUUCUUAUAACUUCUAUGUGUUUCCUAAACCGAUAAAUCGCCAGGUUACAGACACUAGAUUCAUGUGCCAGUCAUCGUCUAUAAUAUUUCUAGCAAAUAAAGACUUUGACUUCAAUAAGCUAUUCAAGCAUGGCAUACCUUAUCUCGCUGCCAGCGACGAGGAGAAGCUUGUCAAACGCUUGGAGGAGAAACGGAAAAUGAAAGAGGAGAACUACACAAUUCCAAUAACGGAUAAUGACAAACCUCAAAUAGAAGAAAUAUGUUCUAGAAUAGAGAAUUUUCUUGCCUCAGAUGCAAAAGAGUUAAUGAUAGACCACUGUAAUGGUUUUAUGAGAAGACUGGUGUAUCAGGAGGCACGGAUCAGAUGGCCUAACAAAAUAAUAGUUGAAAACAAAAUGGAAAACGGCUGGCAAUGUCUUUUGGUGCAGAGGGUAGGUACCAAACAGGAAGAGGAAGAAAGGGAAAAUCAGAAGCGAGAAAAGGAAAAACUAGAAGUUAAACAAGCUGUAGGACUCAGUAAUCUGCUGAAAAAGAUUGUAGAGUCUGAAAAAAUAAUAGUAGGUCAUAAUAUGCUGUUAGAUCUCUGUCAUAUUGUACAUCAAUUUUUUACAUCUUUGCCAAAGGAUUAUUCAGAAUUCAAGACUUUGCUUCAUGGUUUGUUCCCUAAUUUGUUAGAUACGAAAGUCAUCUGUCAAUCGCAGCAUUUUAAAGAGCUUGUGGGGUCGUCAAAUUUGAACUUAUUAAUAGAUGUUGUGAGCAAACCUCCUUUUUCCAUUCCUGAUAUCGAGCCUGUAGAAGGACGUAGUUAUUCGUUAUCAAGAGAAAAAUAUCAUGAGGCAGGAUACGAUGCAUACAUCACUGGUUUAUGCUUUAUUGCAUUAUCCAAUUAUCUUGGCAAAUUACAACACAUUGAAAAUGCUACGGUAUUAGCGAAUUCACCAUUACUUAAUCCUUUUCUCAACAAAAUUCCUGUACCAAGACUGAAAGAUUUUCCAUACAUAAAUUUGGUAGGAAAAGAUCCAAAUCCUAGCAGAGAACACGUGUUUCAUCUUACAUUCCCCAAAGAAUGGAAACACACGGAUAUCAUUCAACUCUUUAUUCCAUUUGGAGGCGGAUACAUUUCAUGGUUAUCCGACACAUCCGCGUACGUAGGCUUAUAUCGUCGUGAUCAAGCCGGCAUCGCAAUGACAAGCUUGUCCAAGGAAACUGUAUACAAAAUACAGACAUAUACAGAACAUCAAGCCACCUUGCAGGCCAGUGCCUCUCCUGAAGACCGCAAACGAAAAUUAUCACCAGCAAAGAAGGACACAAAGGAUGACGAGACAUCGACGACGAACGGCGUGAAGCCACCGGAAGACGACGACGACGAGUGGCAAGUUGCUACGGGUAAAAGACGCAAGAAACGCAAGGAGCAAACGACUACCGUCGUAGCCAGCAAGAAAGCUUUCGAGGAAAACGACGCUUGGAACUAACUGUGGUGUUCCGGGGAACGUCACGUUGAGCGGCACGAAAUGCAGCAUGAUAUGCAUCGAUUGCAUAUACACAAUACGUAACACAACAGCGCCAAAACGUGCCGAAUAAAAAGAAAAAAAAUUCUUUGAUUCACUGACCUCCAUUGAUAAUCACUAAAUGAAUGUCAAUACGUGUAACAUUAUCGUGAUA